AUGUCCAAAAGAAACGCAGGCGCUCAAAUUACUAGGGAAGCCUUCGAACUAGAGGGAAAUUCCGAUGACGAUGAGACUCCUAAAAGCUUUUCCAUGGCAUCUUCAGAAGUGAUGAGUAGAAGAAAGAUAGCUAUGCCUAAAAGAAAAAUGGCUUUCAAGUUACCUACUAAUAAUACCGAUGAGUCAAAGAUGGCAGGUGCUUUCAAUUUUUCUAAGAAAGAGGAUAAUAAAAAUGAAAUUGAUGAUUCUUCUGCAAAAUUAAAGGCAUUGAAUAAUCAGUUUAGUUUGAAAGUUUCUCAAUCAAUCUCAAAUGAUCCAUUUGUUGAUUUAUCAGUAUUAUUUGAUAAGUACAAGGAAUAUUUGAAAUCAAUUAAAAACACAUCGCCUGUAACUGCUGGCAAACCUGCUGGAACUCCUCUACAAAAGCCAGCAUUUGGUACAGCUCCUGUUUCAGUUCCAAUCUCAGCACCUGCACCUGUUCCAGCACCUGUUCCAGCAUUUAAUAAUUUAAAAAGAACUGCAGAAGAAGAAAAUGAGGAAGAAUCAUCUAGCUCUUCUGACGAGGAUGAAGUAAAGAAGGACAUCAAGGUACAAGGCCCACAAUUUACAUUACAAAGUAAACCAAUAUCAAAAGAUUCAGUUUUUGCUUUUGGUAGUGAAUUAGCCAAAAAGGUUCAGGAAGAUGCUGAUAGUGACAGUGAGAGUGAAGUUGAAAUCAAAGGCCCUCAAUUUACCUUUUCUGGAGCUGUAAAGAGUGAUGUUUUUAAAUUGGAGGAAAAGGAAGGUAAAAAGGAAACCGAUAGAUCACAACCUGUUAUCUCUUUUAAGAAACCUGAUGUCGGUGAGCAAUCCAAACUUUCAAAUCCACCUACUACAUCAAGUGAUAAUAAGACACCAAGUUUUGCAUUUAAUACCAAGCCGGCUGACAGCAUUGAAAAGAAGGAAGAAGAAAUUUCAAAGCCAAAUUUUGCAUUUAAUGUAAAGCCAACUGAAGACAAAAAGAAUGAAGCUGAAGCUGUGAAAGUAUCUUUUGCUCCAAGUAGCAGCAGCAGUAGUAAUAACGAAAACAAUGAAAAGAAGCCAACUUUUGUAUUUGGUAACAAUUCCAACAAUGCAACCCAAUCUACUUCAAAACCUACUCUAAACUUCUCAUUUGGUGCUGCUUCAACUGCUACAGAAGGCACCAAACCAAGCGGUGGAUUCAUGUUUGGUGGGAUGAAAACUGAAGAGAAGAAGAAAGAAGAGAAGAAAGAAGAAGAUAAAAGCAAACCUUCCGGUGGUUUUAUGUUUGGUGUCCAAACUCCAAAAGAUACGACGAAGUCCGAAAUAACAGAAACAAACAAACCAGAAGAAGUUGAAAAGCCUAAACCUGCUUUUAACUUUGGCGGUAUCAAGUCAUCUGAUGCCGAUUCUAAUAAUAAAUCUAAACCAGCAUUUGCAUUUGGAUCAUCAAUUUCUACAUCUGCCCCUUCAUUUUCAUUCGAGAAGCCUGCUUCUGCCACAUCAGCCUCAACUACAGCCACUUCUGCAUUCUCCUUCCCAGGUAAUUCUGAAAAACCUGCUGUUCCAUCUGGUGGAUUUAAAUUUUCAUUACCAUUUGAACAAAAAAGUGGUAACGAUGAAGCAAAAACCACUGCAGCAUCAACAAUCUCAACUACUGAAUCUACAACGACAGAAACUGGACAUGAAAAUAAUGAAGCAUCUGCAGAAGGCGAAGGUUCGUCAGGAAUCAAUAUGCAGAACGGUGAAGAAGAUGAAACCGUUUUAUUUACACAAAAAGCUAAACUAAUGACAUUUAACACCGAAACUAAGUCAUAUGAUUCAAAAGGUGUAGGCGAAAUGAAGGUUUUACAAAAAACGGAUGAUAAAUCAAAGGUAAGACUUCUUUGUAGAUCAGAUGGUAUGGGUAAUGUCCUGCUAAAUUCCAGCGUAGUAAAAUCCUUUUCCUUUACUCCAUUAGCUCCAGAAAAAGAUAACUUAGUCAAGACACCUACUAUUGAUUCUGAUGGUAAGUUAGUGACAUAUAUCGUCAAAUUUAAACAAAAGGCAGAUGGUCGUCUGUUCAUUAAAUCUAUUGAUGAAGCCAAAAAAGAUAUGUAA